AGGGAUUUUCAGUCGACUGGCACGUAGCUAGUCCCCUCCCCCCUCUCCUCGCCCCCAAACCCUACCGGCGGCAAGAAAAGAUGCCGCGGCUGACGCCGUCGGACGCGUCCCUCAUCCUCGACCACGUCGUAGGCGACGCGUCCAUCCCCACCGCCGCCGCCAACGUGCUCCUCGCGGGCCUCCCCUUCCCCGACCGCCCCACGCCGCGCCUCCUCCGCUCGCUGCUCCUCCGCCGCCUCGCCGCCGACCCCGUCUCCGCUGCCGCGCUCGACUCCCUCCAGUUCCUCGCCUCCCUUCCCGACCCGGACCCCGCGUCCCCCGUCUCCGCCGCGCACCUCGCCGUCGCCGCCUUCCUCGCCUGCUCGGCGCCCGACUUCGACGCCGCCGCGCGGGCCCUCUUCGCGCGCCCCGGCGGCCGCGCGCGCCGCGCGGUCGACGAGGAGGAGGGCGGGGACCCCCCGCUCGCCUCUUCCGAGGCCCUCGUCGUCGCGGACCAGUUCGAGGCCGCCGUCGGGAACGCCUUCUCGCAGGACGUGCUGAAGGGGCUAUUUGGCGACCGGGCCAAGGCGGAGCGGCGGGUGAGGGACCUCCUGGCGGCCGAGUGGGCCGCGGUCGGCCCGUCUCGCCUGGAGCUAGCGGCAGAGCAGAUCGUUGGCGAUGGCGCCGUCGAGACGUGGCGCGCCGCUGACGAGACCGUCCGCGCCAAAUACCGCAUACUAGCUGGGGAAGAAAAAACACGUGAAAUUUUGAGCAAAAUUGAAGACCGAAUUUCAACCCCGCAAGUUCAUAAGGUCAUACAUGACCUCAAAUCAAGCUGUGCUGACCUUCAUAAUGUGGUGGAUGAUCCAUUACCAGCCGCAAAAGCAGCUGCAGAUAAGGUGUUGGCUGCAAGGAUGGAUAAGGCAGUUCAUAUUAAUGAUGAAUUUAACAAUCAUGGUGCGAAUUGUAGCGUUGCUGGUCCAAGUGCUGUUAAUGACCAAGGCGAGACAUUGAGAAAAGGCACGCCAUCAAGUCUUAUGGAUUGGAACCCUACAGCACAAUCUCUUCUGUGGGAGGAUUCUCUUGAUCCUGAUGGUUCAAGAUCACAAUCACAUAGACCACACUUGCCUAGCCCAAGGAGAAUAUCGGUUUCUCCGUUGCAAGUGGCAGAAAACAAAGCUAGGCGUAGAAGGGCAAGGAGGUGGAGCUCGGUAGAAGAAGAAACAUUAAGGAAGGGCGUUGAACAAUUUGGUAGCAGCAAUUGGAAGGAUAUUUUGAUCCACAAUUCCGAUGCUUUUAUUGGUAGAACAACGGUGGACUUGAAGGAUAAGUGGAGGAACAUGACGAGAUAGUGGAGAGACAUACUUUGGGGUGGUUCUAUAUGGUGAAACUGCAUGCCUCUUUUACCGAUGGAGUAGCUGUAUGCAGCUUGUUAAUAUUUUGUUACAUCGCUUAGAAGCUUACUAACGGGCAAAAUGCACAGGAUGCUAUUAUAGGUGUAAAGUCUCCCUUCGGCAGUUUAAGAAUUGCUUGUUUUUUCUGGUUGUUGUUGAAGUGUCGUGGGGGCAUUUUCUGUCGUGAUGGAAUGUUGUCUUUGUCCGAGCAUAUUACACCUUCCUGUAUUGCCACGGUGGAUGUUCUGAGAUAACCUCAUCCCAACCAUCUGUGGAUGCCCCCAUUUAUAUUCUAAUAACUAGGAUGUUUACUGCUCA